CACCGUGAACUGCCGCCGGUAUUCUCCCUCUCUCUAAAAUGCUUUAUCCUCUACUAACUCUCCCUCUCUCUCUCUUUUGCAGUUCUGGUUACCCAAGUUGUCAGGACAAGGUUAAAUGACAUGGAAAAGCUCGUGAACGCCGGAGAAGAAGCCCGUCCUGCAGAUUCAGUGUUGAUUAACAUUUUGCCCAAUUCCGACGAAGUUGUUUUAGACAAGGAAGCAUAGAUUUGAUGAAGUUGGCAUGUUACAAGGACACAAUAACUGCCAUAACUGAAAAUGCCACCAAUCAUCUCAUCAGACUCAACUGCCUCCUCGCAGACCUCACUCACUCACACCAUUACACAGACUCCCUCCAACUCUUCCACCAAAUUCAUUCCUCCCGCUAUCUCAGGCCAGAUCACUACACCCUCUCCACCGCCCUCACCGCCUCCGCCAACCUCCGCAACGCCACCACCGGAAAUCAGCUCCAUGCCCACUCCAUCCUUACCGGACUCAAAGCCUACCCUCACGUCGCAAACACUCUUCUCUCCCUCUAUGCAAAAUCAGAGGACUUGGUUUCAGUGAAACGGGUUUUCAGUGAGAUUGAAAACCCAGAUGUGUAUUCAUGGACAACAUUGUUGUCUGCGUGUAUGAAACUUGGGCAAGUUAGAUAUGCUUGCCAUGUAUUCGAUGAAAUGCCUCAAAGAAGUGUUGCGGUUUGGAAUGCGAUAAUUACAGGUUGUGAAGAAAAUGGGUAUGAAGAUCUUGCUUUUGAUUUGUUUCGGAGAAUGCACACAUUGGGUGUAAGGCAUGAUAACUACACAUUUGCUAGUGUUCUUAGCCUGUGCUCUUCGGAGUUGCUUGAUUUUGGGAAACAGGUGCAGUCGUUGGCAAUCAAAACAGGCUUUUCGGUUAAAUGUUCUGUGGUUAAUGCGCUGCUGACAAUGUAUUUUUACUGUGGAAGUGUCACAGAUGCAUAUCAAGUAUUUGAAGAAGCAGAGGGUAAAGCAUGUGAUCAAAUUACAUAUAAUGUGAUGAUAGCUGGUUUAGUGAACACUGGAAGAGGUGAGGAGGCCUUCCUUAUGUUCAGAGAGAUGCAAGAAGUUUGUCUGAGACCUACCGAACUGACUUUUGUGAGCGUUUUGAGUUCAUGUUCAUGUGAAAGAGUUGGUUAUAAUGUGCAUGCCCAAACAAUCCAGAUGGGUUUCGAAUCUUUUACGUCUGUCAGCAAUGCUGCAAUAACCAUGUACUCCAAUUUUGGCGAUUUACGUGCAGCGCACAUGGUUUUCCAGAGAUUGGAAGAGAAGGAUCUUGUCUCAUGGAACACCAUCAUUACAAGCUAUGCUCAAGGAAGUUUAGGUGGAGAAGCAAUUUUAGCUUAUCUGCAAAUGCGAAGGGAAGGGAUUGCACCAGAUGAGUUUACUAUCGGGAGCCUAUUAGGAAGCUCAGAUUCAUUGGUAGUUGUUGAGAUGAUUCAAGCCGUUGUGUUAAAAAGUGUGCUCAUCUUGAAAAUCCAAGUCUCAAAUGCAUUGGUUUCCGCAUUCUCUAAGCAUGGAAAAGUAGAAGAGGCCUAUCAAAUAUUUUGUGAGAUGUCAGUCAAAAAUUUGAUUUCUUGGAAUGCAAUUAUUUCUGGUUUCCAGUUAAAUGGAUUUCCACAGCAGAGCUUAGAGCAAUUCUCUAAACUACUGGAGUCAGGACUGAAGCCAAAUGUGUAUACGCUUACCAUUGUUUUGAGUAUAUGUGCCAGCAUUUCCACCUUGAGACACGGGAAACAGAUCCAUGGCUACGUUAUCAAAUUUGGUUUUUCUCCAGAGACUUCUUUAGGUAAUGCCCUUAUUACAUUGUAUGCAAAAUGUGGGGAUUUAGAUUGGUCGUUGAGAGUGUUCAGUGCAAUAAUUGACAAAGACACGGUCUCUUGGAAUUCCCUGAUUUCUGCUUACGCGCAGCAUGGGAAAGGAAUGGAAGCAGUCAAUUGUUUUGAGGGAAUGCAAGAAUUGGGUGGAGUCAAACCAGAUCAGGCCACCUUCACUGCAGUUCUUUCAGCUUGCAGCCAUGCAGGUUUAGUUGACCAUGGCACUCGGAUUUUCAACUCUAUGGUAAAUAAAUAUGGUUUUGAGCCUGGAGUAGAUCAAUUUUCUUGCAUUAUUGACCUUCUAGGUCGAGCUGGUUAUCUUGAUGAGGCAAAAGGCCUUCUAAACAAUAAACAUAUUGGAGUUGACUCCAGCAUCUGGUGGACACUUUUCGGUUCUUGUGCAAAUCAUGGUGAUGUAAGGCUAGGAAGAAUUGUUGCUGGGUUUCUUCUUGAAAUUGAAGAAAAGAAUCCAGCAGUUUAUGUGCUUUUGUCAAAGAUCUAUGCAGAUGCAGGGCAAUGGGAAGAGGCAGCUAACAUGAGGGAAUUGAUGAAGAGAUAUGGGGUAAUGAAACAACCUGGCUGCAGUUGGAUGAGGUCAUAACAUCGUAUAAGCAUAAAGGCCCGAUUUAUCUGGAUAUGGAAGUAAAGGGAGCACCUGAGUAUGCAACUGACAGAUGACUUGACCUCCUAAUGCAUGGGAUGCAUAUUAUAAGCUGCCAUUGGUAUCUAUAUGUCUGUUGGGAUCAAGACCUGUCAGUCUGUUGUUGGAAUCAGGACGCCAAUGCAAUUCGUGUCCGAAGAUUACCUGCCUUUGUCGGCUAUGAAAAUUUAACGCUUGAUUAAAUCAACUAAGCUACUACCGCAGGAGGAUAUGUGCCUUUAGAGAUCAAGACUCUUUAGUUUGAAGAGUUCAGAAAGAAAAUUUUAAGUGCAAUAUAGUGGAACUGCUGAAUUGCCAUACUGGAUCAAACCUCCAUGAAGUGUACCAUGGUGUAAUAUGAGAAAUCGAAACCAAACCAAGCUGAGUUCGUUAAUCGGUCUGUUCUAUUUGAUUUUGGAGCUAAAUCGAUGUCUGAUUCGUCCAAAAUUGCCAACGAUCAGCAUUAUAUUCAUGUUCGUCCACUCAUCGUUCUGUUUCAGACUAUCAGGACAGCCACUGGUGGUGGGCCGUUGGCCUGAGGAAAUGGGGUAGGAAGUUUUGUCGAUAAUGUGUCAUCAACUAUCUUUAGCUGGUUGUUGAUGCUGAAGCUGGGUUGGGGACUGGUAGGUGCAGCGGUUGUGCUGAACGCGUCGUGGUGGUUCAUUGUGGUGGCUCAGCUUGUCUAGUUUCAGGGUCCUUGAUAUAUGAGGAUUUGACAUAUUUUUAGUGAAUAUAUUGCAACAUUUAGCUGAUUUUUUGUUUGGCAGUGGUAUUGGCUAAUGGCUUCAAAAUGUCAAUUGAUUGUUGAAGGAGCAUACCCUACUCGGGUAUGGAGAUGGAAAGGCAAUCUAAUUCAGUAUACAGUUGCUGGUCAUGAAGGUCCGGCUAUACUUCUUGUGCACGGUUUUGGUGCUUUCCUGGAUCAUUAUCGUCACAAUAUAGAUGGUAUAGCUGAAGGUGGAAACUGAGUUUGGGCCAUCACACUUCUAGGAUUUGGCAAAUCAGAAAAGCCAAAUGUUGUGUACAGUGUACACUGAGCUCAUGUGGGCUGAGAUUUCAUCAUUGAAGUUGUGAGAGAACCAGUUCAUCUUGUUGGAAACUCACUUGGUGGAAAGGAAAAGUUCAGGGGCUGCAUGGUUGGGUGGUAGACUCCUUUUGUUCUACUUGAGGUGACUGCUACCCCAUUAUUUCAGGAAAGGGCAAAGCUCGGAUGAUGCAGUUGUUGGCUGUGGCAUAUUUAUCUCUUGCAGCCAAAAUGGAGGAGACUGAUGUCCCUUUGUGUUUGGAUUUACAGGUGGGUGAAUCGAAAUUUCUAUUUGAAGCUAGAACCAUUCAGAGAAUGGAGCUUCUGGUGUUGAGCACACUGAAGUGGAGAAUGCAAGCAGUCACUCCAUUCUCCUUCAUAGACUAUUUCUUUAGAAAGAUGAAUGGUGAUCAAAACCCUCCAAAAUCUUCAAUCUAUAAGUCCAUCGAACUCAUAUUAAGCACAAUAAAAGGGAUUGACUGCAGCAGGAGUGGCAAUGUCUGUUGCAGGAGAAAAUCAAACAGUGGAAACUGAUAAAGCAAUCUCUGUUCUCAUCCAACAUGUAGAAAAGGAGAAUGCUGAAGUGUGUGGAACUGAUCCAUGAAGGACCUGUGUCAUGAUGUUUUUGGGAUAUCAAUGGAAAAGAAAGAUCCAAGAGAUGUGAAAGGGAACCGAGGUACCAACUCCAAAAUGAGAAGAAAAGAAAUAAAAAAUAGCAUUCUCUCCCAAGUCACAUGCCACGUCAGCAAUUCUGCCCUGUCAUCAUCUAGUCACCAUCGCCACAUCAUCACUGAAGACUUUCAUGCCAUGUCAUCUCAACAUUUGAAAUAUAUAUAUAUAUAUAUUUUUUUGUAUAUAUAUGUCACAUGGGAUGAUGGAAGAAAAGAAUAAAGAAAGAAGAAUGUGUAAGAGAAUAUGGAAUAUGUGUAAGAGAAUAUGUAAGAAACCAUGUGGGAGAGGGAUGGGGGCAGUUGUAAAGUAAUGAGAAUGUUGGAACAUGAAUUUGGCUAUAAAUAGGCUAGUCUUGAGAGGUAGAGGGGAGUUUGAUAGAUGGUCUAGAGAUGGUUGUAAAUUUCAUUGAGAGAGUAUUUCAUUAUGUAAUUUUAGCUUUCUCUAAUUUAAUGCAAGAGUUUUUUUUUUCUGGAUGGUAAAAAAAACAUA